AUGCAUCCCCCAAAUGAGCCUCCUGGGCCAUCGACACCGCCCCGCACACCGACCUCGAGCUCGGCACGCCGCCCGGCCUCGACAGAGCGCCGCCGUACCGUCAGCGUCAGCGGAGAUGCUGCCUCGCCGCGCUUGCCUCUCGACCUCGCCAAUGGCGGUGGUGGUCAACAUCGCAGUGUCAGCGGCGGUAGCGUGAUAAGCAACGCACCCUCGUUCUCUGUUCGCCCCUCGGGUCGCAAAUGGCUGCCGACGCUCGACCCCGUGGACACGAACAUGGUCUUCAAUGCGUCAUCCCAGUCCCCAACGUCGACGUCCUCUCCGCGCCACGCCGAACACCAUGGAAUGCCAGAAGCUGCAUCAUUCACAACGGCUCGCUCGCCCAUCACGGGGCCUGACGAAGGCGCAACGGUUCACCGCAGACGAAUGAGUACCAGCAACCCAUCAGGCAAUAACCCAGUGUCUCGGCGCCGAUUCAGUGUUCAAGAGUCACAACGCCCAGACCCAUACCCGCGCUUGCCUGCUGCUCCAUUACCCGCCGUAUCCGCCUCCCAUGUCAAUGACGAGGCAGGCCCCUCUGGUACAUCCGGAGCAGGGGCCGCUUCGAGCUCGCGGCCAGCGUUUGGCUGGUUUUCGAACAAUCCCAACGACAAACGCUCCAAGAGCGACGACGAGCGUGAGAUGGACGACAAGGAGUGGGACAGCUCGCCUUACCAGGAGCCGCAACCGGCACGGACAGAGCGCAGGACCAAGGGGAAACGCACACAUCGGAGUGCUUGGCAUGAUACACCAUCCAUCAGCAUGACACCACCCGCCUCCGAGGGCAGCGGCGGCUUCAUGGCUAUUUCAAUGACGAGCACGGUGCCAUCGACGACAUCGACACUCGCCCCGUUGCCGCAGGACCCCUACAACCUCUUGCCUCUGAGCGCAUCGUCCACCCCACCCGUCUCGCGCCGGACGACACCCUUACCCUCCCCACAGGCGUCCAUGGGCGACCUCGCGGGCGACUAUGUCUCUGUCGCAAGCGUGCCCGCUGGGAACACCAGUGGAGGCGGCACGUCGUCCCCGCGCACCUCCAUGUCCACCUCGUCGUCCCACUUUGGCUGGGGCGCUCCGCGGUCCUUCUCCGAGUCGUCGACCGGUGAAGACGACGACGGCUCGCCGACAAACUCGUCGUCCUGGUGGUGGCGUUCCCACCCUCGCCCUCCUCCCAUAGUCCUCCCUCGACCGACCCCGAUCCGAUCAGCUGGUUCGCGCGUGCUGAGCGUUCGCCGCUGGGCAUGGCUUCUUGGGCCUAUGCGCGGCGUGAUCGAGGCAAGGUCCUCCACCCCAGAGCCACCACGUUAUUUCUCCCGCCGGAGACGCGGGGUGGCUGCUGAAAAGCUCAUCUCGACUCGCAGGCGCCGCCAUCCCGAGACCAUCUGUGGCUCUGAGCGUUUGGGAACUGCCAGCGCGUACGUCAAGACCAAGCCUUGGACAGUGACGUUUAGUGUUGCGUGCUUUGCCAUGCUUGUGUUGUUGACGACGUUGACCAUCAAGCACAUUCUCAACCCGGACAAGGAGGCGCUCCCCUGGCGACAGUACUGUACUGCCGAGCAGCCGACUCUGUACUCGCUCCAACCGUCGGUUUCAGACGGCCUCACCUCAUCUCUGCCCUACGACAUGACACUCUCGCCCAUCACCCCCGAUCAUCGCCUGUGGCCCUACCCCGGCCAACCCACGACGCCUUACUCUAGUGACAUGGCGGCGACCUACCUGGAUGAGCAGGAGCCCGUGUCCAUCCUCGUCGGCGUGUUCACGGUCGACCAAGGUGUGGACCGGCGCAACCUGAUCCGUCAGAGCUAUGCCUCUCACUGGCGGUCCCGGAAGCCCGGUACCGAGGGCGUGCGAGUCCGUUUCGUCAUGGGCCGCCCGCGACCCAAGUAUGCCCGAGCUGUUGCCCUCGAGGUGGAAGCGUUCAACGACAUUAUCCUCCUGGACAUUCCCGAGAACAUGAACUCUGGCAAGACACACGCCUUCUUUUCAUGGGCAGCUGCCAACGCCACUGUCCCCGAUUGGGAGUACCCGUCGCACCCGCGCAGCCGCGAGAGCGAGGCCGAGUUCAAGGAGAUGGCCCUGCAGAGCGGGUCCGAGCCCUCGCCGACAUACCGCGGCGAGCGCAAGCCCGACUAUGUGGUCAAGGCCGACGACGACUCGUUCAUCAUGCUCGGCGAGCUCGAGCGCAAGCUCCGCGCUGCACCAAGGACAAAGGCGUACUGGGGAUACCUGGUGCGCAACCUGUUCAUGGCUGGCGAGUGCUACGCCCUGUCCCGCGACCUCGUCGACUACGUCGCCCACUCGGCCUACCUCCUCGGCAUGACCAAGGGCAAGGAGGACAAGCUCGUGUCCAAGUGGAUGCGCCACCACCCGGAACGCGAGGACAUUACGUGGGUCACGGAGCGGUGCUGGAUCUACGACCACCCACGCGCCGGCACCGUCUACGCGCACGGUUUCCUGUUCCCAAACGAGGUCACAAAGGUCCGCGCCGAGCAGCAUGUCGGUCUGCCGCCCGCCAUCGCUCGCCAGCGCGGCGGCGAAGACAAGGCAGACGCAUACUCCACCGUGUCCAAGUUUAGCAGCCGGUACAGCGCGCCCGCCCGCGGGCUGUCGACGUUUGAGCAGGUCGAGGCCCUCGUGGAGGGCAGCGGCCUCAGCCAGCUGCGCGACGACCGGUCCCGCCGUUCGCGCCAGAGCCUGCGUGAGCGCAUCAACCAGCUCGUGGCUACCCGCCCCACCCGCUCGGAGCGGUUCAACGACGACCUGCACGAGCGCGGAGGCACAGUCGUCGUGCACUAUAUCAAGCGCGACGACUGGUACGUCGAGACCAUGGCUGCACUCCUCGGCGCCGCGGGCGACCGCGAGCAGAGGGUGGAGAUGCACUGA